AUGACUGACUCAGACUCGGACGUGAAAACGUCUCUCGCCCAACGAGCGAGAGCAUGGGGAGAAAACCCAUUCCCCGCGACGAUGCUCGCCUCCCUUAUCACAGCCCAACAUCUCCGCCCCUUCCAAUUCUUCCCGAUGCUGUUCCCGCCCGCCCUGCUCUUCACCAGCUACGCCAACGUCGAAGGCUACAAGACUGACAGCGCGGGGAUCAGUGCCGCUUGGUCCGGGCUGUACCUGUUGCUUGCUGCGCGGCGGCGGCAGCAGUUUAUGCGGAAAUGGAGUCCGAGGGGGAUUGUGCGCGGGGUUACCAUGGGCCUUUGUUUUGUCAAUCUUGUCGGGGGUGGGAUAGCAUAUACUCUAGGAAAGAGGGAGGAAGAAGAAGACUCGGAGUAA